CAAUAAAGCAACUUGCUAGACCUCGACGCCAAUUGAUCGAGCGCAAUCAAAGAAGUCACUAAGUUCGCUAGGACGCCUCCAGUGUACCUAGCAACUGCGUACCAAUGGAGGAACUAGAGCGAUGCAUAUCUUCGCUGUCUGGAUCGGCUUCGGCCGACGUUCUGGCUCAGGCCCAGACAGCCAUGGCUACCCUGCGACGGGAGCUGGAGAUGCAUAAAGCAUCCGCGUCCGCAAAACAGAAGGUGGGCCAGGACUGGCAGGCUCUGCUGAACGAGCGGGAGGCAGAGACGGCUCGACUGCGGGCUGAGAUCAACCGCAUGCGGCAGGCGCUCAGCAGCAGCACUUCGGCACACAGCUCCCAGGCGGAGGAGGUAGCCUCGCUGCAGGCCCAGCUGCAGGAGGCGCUCGCAAUCAACAAGGCCCAGCAGCGCCAGGCGGUUGCGAUGACGUCAGCAGCCUCCGAGGGCCCCUCCGCCGAGCUGCACCGAUUGCGGGCUGAGUUAGAGGCGCGAGCGGGGCAGGUGGAGAGGUUGGAGUUGGAACUGGCGGCGCAGACGGCGGCGGCUGCCAACCGACUCAACGAACUGCAGGAGAGCUUCAGUUCCAAGGUGGCAGACAUACGACGCACGCACCAGCAGCAGCUAGAGCAGGCGGUGGCGGCGGCGCGUGCAGCGGCGGCCUCGGAGGCGGCGGCGGCGCCCCGGUCGGGACCGCGAGCUGGAGCCGCUGCGAUGGAGCAGCAGGCGGCUCAGCGGCUGCAGCGGGCGGAGGCGGAUGCGGUGGCGCUGCGGCAGCAAGUGGAGGCGUACAAGACGUCCGUGGGGGAGCUGCAGUCCAAGCUCACGCAGGCUCGUUCGGACGCCGAUGCCGCCAAAUCGCAACUCAGCAGCUGUCAGUUCAGCGAAAAGGCGCUGAAGGCGCGGGUCAAGGAGCUAGAGGGACAGCUCGCUAAAUCCCAACAGCAGCACCAGCAGCACCAACAGCAGCAGCAGGGCAACGCGGGGACGACACAGUCUGGGAGGUCGCGCUCGACGUCUGGGCCCGGAGGAGCAGCUGCAGCAGCAGCAGCACCGGCGGCGGUCGAAGCGACGACGGGGCCAGGGGCGGGGGCGGGUGUGACAGCAGUGGCUGCUGCUGCUGCUGCUGCUGCUCCUGCGGUGGACAUGAGCAUGCUUGCGAUGAUGGAGGGGCAGCUUGGGAGGCUGUCGGAGAUCAUACGCACGCGGGAGGGCGAGCUGGCGCAGAUGCGGUCAGCGCUGCAGGCUGGGCUCGAGGAGCGGCGGGAGCUCCUUCGGCAGAUCGAGUCGCUGCAGACGGCGCUCCAACAAGCACAACAGCAGCAGCAACAGCAGUUCGGUUCCGGGAGCGGAGGGCUCCCUGGGAGCAGCAGCGCGCUGGGGUCACCCAAGUCCGGGGGUCCAGGGGUGCCCGCCCGGGGCCUGCCGCAUGUAUCGCCCAACAGACCCUACCGAGCAGGCCUUACGUCGAAACCCAGGUUUAAGUAGGUGUAGAUAGGCGUAGAUCGAAGGUGUGGAACCUAGCAUUCUCGAACCUAGCAGAGGAACACGAGGAAGAACUAACCCUGGUAGGGAUUCCGAGUGAUUGGUAAGCAAAGGCCACACGUAGAGACCUGCGGUGGAAAAUGGCACGUAGGGAAAUGAAGGUGGUUCCGCUGGGCGGCAGGUGUCGUACACGUCCUGCUUGCAGGUGCUUUGCGGUAUGCAGGGGUGCUAAUUGGUCCAGCUGGAUGGUGUUGAUCUGGUCGCCUUGCGAGCAUGCAGGACUUUGUCGCAAUGCAAACAUGCAAGGCCAUGGAACUUACAGGCUGCUGUGCGGCUUUACACGAGGUUACGAUGACGCUGUUAGGCCGGAUUUGCGAUGGAGGGGUGCCAUGGCCCUCAACUGAUGUAAGGACAGAGGACG